AGCUUCUGGCUCUAGUAGGUAUAGUGAACUAGAUCGUCCAGGAUGUAGCGGUGGAAGCGUCAUCCUUUGGGGUACGUUGAACGAAGCAGCUAACGAACCGAGGUCCGCCGAGACGCGCCAGCUCAGGUGUGAGGACUGGCGCAGGUGAAGCAGGAGGGGGAGAAGACAUCUCUAAGAACUGCGAAGCCUGAGUCUAGAUCCGGGCUGGGUGCUUCUGCCUUUUAGGAGCACUAUUCCUUGGAUGAGCCUCCAGCCAGCACAGAGAUGGAAUGAAUCUCCUGUCUCCUUCACUUGGGGCUCGACUAGCUUUCUGAAUGGGCAUAAUUGACUUACCUUCAAGAAAAGGAAGCAUUGGUUUUUCUCUCUGAUAAAUUUAUAUUUGGAAACUUGUUUUUAUUGCUAUGAUAUUGGAUUUUAAAAGCAAUGGCCACAGAAUUUGUAAAAAGCUGCUGCAGAGGCUGUUUCUAUGCUUCCACAGAAAAAGACUCUAAAGUAGCAACUCAAGAAGGACAAAAUGUUACAUGUCUACCUCCAAUGUCUUCAGUGUCUGUUAAAUGUCAAGUUGGCUGUACAGAGGAUUAUCUCCUUUCCAAAAUUCCACCUGAUGGCAAAGAAGUGCCUUUUGUUGUGCCCAGAUUUAAAUUAUCGUAUAUUCAACCAAAGACUCAAGCAACUCCUUUACAUAUGGAGGAACUUCAAGGUUCUGCCAGAGCCUCCUUUAGAGAUCGAAAAACAGUACUUAGUAGUUCACCCUUGGAUGGAGCUAAUUGUGACAUAUAUAAUCCAGUUUUCAUGCCUCAACAUGUAUCACCUGACUUAAACAGGCGAUUUCCUCCUAACAAUGAAGCUCUGAGGCUAUAUGGGUCAGUUUGUGAUUUAAGGAGCCCCAAAAUGCCUGGGUCCCCUGGACUAAGCAAAUCUAUGUUUGAUCUUACAGGUUCAUCACAGCGAUUCAUGCAAAGAUAUGAUUCAAUGUCCAGUGUACCAAGCAGUUCGUCUUCAAGGAAGAAUUCUCAGGGCAGUACUCGAAGCCUGGAUACAAUCACAUUAUCAGGAGAUGAAAGAGAUUUUGGAAGACUGAACAUAAAAUUAUUCUAUAAUUCUUCAGUAGAUCAGAUUUGGAUCACAAUUCUACAGUGCAGAGAUUUGACUUGGUCUUCCAGUUAUGGAGAAAAUCCUACUAUUUCUAUAAAAGGAAUAUUAACUUUGCCCAAACCAAUACAUUUCAAAUCUUCAGUCAAAGAAGGAUCCAGUGUUAUUGAAUUUAUGGAGACUUUUGUAUUUGCUAUUAAACUCCAAAGCCUGAAAACUGUUAGACUGGUAUUUAAGAUCCAAACCCAGACUCCUAGGAAGAAAACCAUUGGAGAAUGCUCAUUAUCUCUCAGAGAGCUUAAUAUACAGGAAAAGGAUUACUGUUUGGAUAUAACACCUCCCUCAAAAGUUUCAGUGUGUCAUGCGGAACUUGAAGUAGGAACCUGUUUUCAAGCUGUCAACAGCAGGAUUCAGUUACAAAUUCUUGAGGCACAACAUCUUCCAAGCUCAUCCACUCCUUUAACUUUGAAUUUCUUUGUGAAGGUGGCAAUGUUUAGUUCAGGAGAUUUGAUUUAUAAGAAGAAAACACGUCUACUAAAAUCCAACAAUGGUAGAGUAAAGUGGGGAGAAACAAUGAUUUUUCCAUUUACACAGAAUGAGAAAGAAAUUAAUUUUCUUAUCAAGCUUUAUAGUCGGAGUUCAGUAAGAAGAAAACACUUUGUAGGACAGAUUUGGAUAAGUGAAGACAGCAACUAUGUUGAAGCUGUGAACCAAUGGAAAGACACAAUUGCAAAUCCAGAAAAGGUUGUUAUCAAAUGGCACAAAUUACAUCCAUCUUGAAGAUUAUAGCAAUGAGUUUGCUAGAGGACUUUGGAAUUCUUGCAAAAAAUAUUCUGAUUUAAAAAAAACUUAAAAAUCACUUUUGAAAGGGAAAAUCAUUGCCUUUCAUGGUACUUCAUGUGGUGAAACCUCAUAAAUAGUGAUUGUAACCAGAAAAAGAAAGAUCUGUGCAAAUUAUUUCAGAUCUAUGAGAAAAUAGACAAAAUGAAAGGUAGAUAUUAGUAAAGCAACACAAUAAACUUAAAAUUAGAUGAGAACACGGAA